AUGACGUAUUGGCCCAUCUCGUCGCCCUCUGUGUUUGCGGCGACCAAGCACACGAAUCCGGAGCGGACGCGUCUAUCUCACGAUGGUGUGGAGCACAAACAGCCAGGCGAGCGACAUGGCGAGUCGGACCAAAGCCCACAGUCUCGGGUGGACGAUGAGACAUCCACGCAAGGGAAGAGCGGGGUAGGCAAGAAAGAUGGCGCACAUCUCCAGAAGCAAAGCGGCUCGGAGCAGUCUGCAGAGGACGAUAUACAUGGCAAGAUUAUAUCGCUCAGGGUGACAAGGAGUGGACAUAUGUUCGCUACCCUCACCCGGUCAACCUUGACAAUUUGGCAGACGAAGCCUACAGUUGUAUUAGCCUCCGUACUGCGCUCAGAACAUUCACUGAAAACGUACGGCCCAAAUACAGACAUCCUUCUCCGGCCCGAUUCUCAAAUAUUUGUCGUGCAGACCACCCUUGGUUUCUUGAUCACGUACUCGCUUGCGACAGAUCACUCGUCUCGCGUCUACAAGACACAAUUCACAAACACACAUGGAGGGCAUUCUAGGAGAACAAGUACAAUCUCAGGCUUCAAGAUACAACGUCAGCAUGACGCCAAUGCCGGGCCUGGAGAAAGUAGCGGAUUGAAGGAGCUCAGCCUCCGCUUUCGCAUGGUCAUACGCGUAGAUGCGGGGAUAGUAAGAGCUCUUGCUUUAGACGACGAGCUGGUCGUUGCGACUGAGAAGCCUACAGCCGUACAAUGCAUCCGCUGGGCACCUGACAGCACUGGGAGUCAGACGAGUACUGAAUUACUCUCGAAGAUGGCUUGGGUGGGAAAGAAGGCGACUCUUCGUGACAUGAUCCACGAUCGGCCCAUGAAUCUGUCGUGCUGGAUUACUGGGGAAGGACAAGCUUUCGCUGUUCAACGAAUCGUGAAGCGGGAGGCGAUCGCGAGUCCAAGUCUUUUCCGUGGAUACGGCUUCCACACUCCGGAGAGUGACGCUGACCACGGCGUAAAGGCUGCAAUCAAUGCGAGGUUCUCUCUACUGGCUGUCGGCUGCGCCAGUGGGGAGAUAUACGUCUACACCGCCCGUGACUAUACUGGAAACAUACCCCUUUCGCACAAGAUGCGCCCUAACACUUCAUCACCUGGGAAGCUGAAUGUUUUAGCCUAUUCUCCCGAUGGAUACUGUCUCUUCGCUGGUUACGAGAAUGGAUGGGCCAUGUGGAGUGUCUACGGCAAACCUGGGGCUACCAGUUUUACCACCGACCGGACACUGUCGGUGUCCAAUGGGGAAGGAUGGCUCCUUGGUGUACAAGAAGCUUUCUGGAUUGGCGGUGGCGCAGAACUCAUCCUGCUGAGCCCUGAUGAUAAUCGCUUGUUCGUACUUGAGAUGGCUCGAAGCGCUAUUACAGGCUGUUUCUCGUCAGCCAAUAUCUCCCGGUCGCUGAUGCAAACAAGUACUGGCUUCAUGAUCUAUCGCGGCUACGAUCUGCCAGAUCUUACAACUAUUUCUGCCGACGUCUCUCUUUGGCACACCGUACAAGUCCCUUCUUCGUAUCUGGUCGACCAAUGGCCUGUUCGAAGCGCUGUUAUCUCAAACGAUGGCCGGUAUGUUGCGGUUGCAGGGAAACGAGGACUUGCGCAUUAUAGUGUCAACAGUGGGAGAUGGAAAAUGUUCGACGAUCCGUUUUUAGAAAAUGAGUUCACCGUUCGAGGGGGCAUGUGUUGGUUCCAACACGUUUUGAUCGCAGCAGUAGAGUGCCACGACUCUCACGAGGUUCGAGUAUACUCACGCGAGGCGGCACUUGACAACAGCAAUGUCAUGCAUAUUCAAAAACUCCCGGCUCCGAUUGUGCUAAUCACACCAUCCGGGGAGGAUUCGCUUCUUGUUUAUACCUACGAGAAUAUUCUAUAUCACUACAUAAUCAGUGUGGCGGAUGCCGCUGUUAAAUUAAUACAAGUCGGCCAGAUUGCGUUGCACGGUAUCAUUCGCGCACCCCCACGAGUGCGAGCACUCAGCUGGAUUUUGCCAGAGGAUCAGAUUCACAAUGGAGAUCCAUCGCAAGACGUGGCUGUUGCUACAAUACUGUUCUUAGUGGAUGGCAAGCUUGUCCUUCUCCAACCUACAACUACGGAAGGCGGUGAGCUCAAAUACGAGAUGCGAAUCAUUGCACAGAACGUGGAGACAUAUGCUCUCAUGCGUGACCACCCAGCGUUCGCACUAGAUAUGCAGCCAGGGUCUUUACCGCCUAGUCCAUCGAUUGGGCUGGCGGUCAACGACGUGCAUGGUCAUGAUCUGCGAGACUCGUUGUGGUUCUUCGAUGGCCUUGACAUGCGAGUAUGGAUCGACAUGCAAGAUGUUCUGUCGUCUGUAUCCGCCGAACUUGGCAGAGAGCUGCCUACACCCAUAAAGAUCCCAGUUGAUUUUUACCCUCUAUCGGCACUGCUUAACAAGGCCAUUAUUUUCGGUGUGGAAUCCGAACUAAUCCAGCGCAGGGACACCAACUUUGCCUUCCUGCGGUUUGGGACCAGGACGCACCUCUUCCUUCCCGCACUGCUGCGCUAUCACCUGGCACAAUAUAACCACCCAGCAGCCCUACACUUAAGCCACCAUUACCAGCAUCUGCUGUAUUUCCCCCAUGCCUUGGAAAUCUUACUGCAUGAGAUUCUUGACGAUGAAGUGGACACACAGCCACCACCUGAAUCGGCACUGCUGCCGAGUGUGCUGUCGUUCCUGAGCUCAUUCCCGCAGUACCUUGACAUUGUGGUCCAAUGUACGCGGAAGACGGAGGUACGCUCCUGGCGAACGCUGUUUUCAAAUCUCCCUCCACCAGAAGAUCUCUUCGAAGAAUCGCUACAAAAGGGCAACUUGAAAACUGCAGGAGGCUAUCUCCUUGUCCUCCACACGUUUGAGGAAUUGCGGUCGACGGGCGAUCAAGUUGUGCGCUUACUCCAGCGCGCGAAAGAUGAACAGGACUGGGAACUAUGUAAAGAACUUGCGCGGUUUCUCAUGGCUCUCGAUGAGUCGGGCGCAACGCUGCGGAGUACAUUGGAGCUUGUGGAGCUGAAGUCACCGUCAGCAGAGCCAGGGUUCGGCCAGUCUCACUUCACUUUCGAGACUAGUCGCCUGAACGUUCCUCCGAGGGGUCGCAGCAACGGUAGUAGAGCUAUUGACUUUGCGUCUGCUGAGAGUAGGGAGAAGAGAUCAAGAGAAAACGGUAGUGUCAGUCCUAGUGGGAGUUCUGUGAGUCCGAGUAGCACGGCGGCACAUGAAGCACUCGGCGACUAUUUCGGGCUUGGGACGAGGAAGUAA